ACAAUUUUUUGUUUAGACAAAAAAAAAAAAAAAAAAAAAAAACAAGAAAGGAAAAAGUGAGAAAUCUUUUUUUUCUUGUCAAAUAUAUAUAUAUAUAUAAAGAAGGUUGAAUCUUGAAGAAUAACCUUUUUUCAUUUGGCUUCUAAAAUGCUUUCUUUAUUACUUUAAAAAAAGUUGACAUGAUGAAGCCAUUUGCAAGUUAAUUAUUCUUAUUUAUUUGAAUGAACAUGAAGCCAUUUGUGUCACUACUCAAAGAUCAAAAAAUCAGGAGGUCAUGUAUCUGCGCGGUCUUUCCUGCAGUUUCGUUUUUGUGUCUGAUUCUCUUGUUAGGGAGUGGCUUUACAGAAAAUCAUAAAGAGAAAAGUUUGCUGUGGAAAGUGCGAAGAUCAUGUCAGAAUCAAUGCAGGCCUGAUGGAAGUGAGACAUUACCUGAAGGUAUUAUCGCGAAGACUUCUAACUUGGAAAGACGGCCUUUAUGGGGUUAUCCAAAGAAAAGAAAGCCUUCAAAAUACCUGUUUGCUGCAGCUGUUGGGAUAAAGCAAAAGGAAACAGUAAACGAGAUGGUACAAAAGUUUCUAUCAAGUGAUUUUGUGGUGAUGCUUUUUCACUACGAUGGUAAUGUCGAUGGAUGGAGGAGUUUUAACUGGAGUAACAGUGUAAUACACAUCUCAGCUUUGAACCAAACGAAAUGGUGGUUCGCAAAAAGAUUCUUACAUCCAGAUAUCGUUGCUGAGUACAGUUAUAUCUUCCUCUGGGAUGAAGAUAUCGGAGUAGAAAAUUUCAACCCAGAACGAUACAUAUCUAUUGUGAAAGACGAAGGUCUGGAGAUUUCACAACCAGCACUAGAUGUUGGAAAAUCGGAGGUGCAUCAUCAGAUUACUGCUCGCGGGAGGAGAUCACGAGUGCAUAGAAGGACUUAUAAGGCUGGCGAUACUAACACUCGGUGUGACUAUACCAGUACGGCUCCUCCUUGUACAGGGUGGAUAGAAGUAAUGGCUCCUGUGUUUUCCCACACUGCCUGGCGCUGCGUCUGGUAUAUGAUCCAGAAUGACUUGAUCCAUGCUUGGGGUUUGGACAUUCAGCUUGGUUACUGCGCACAGGGAGACCGAACUCAAAAUAUUGGAGUUGUCGAUGCUGAAUACAUUGUUCAUUAUGGUCUUCCAACACUAGGAGAACCUGAAAAGAAGAAGAAUUUGACAGUGGGUGAAGAGAACAUCACAACCCUUGGAAAAGAAGUACCAUCACAAACCAGCACUCUCAAUUUCAGAGUGGAGGUGAGAAGACAAUCCUACAACGAAUACAAGGUCUUCAAAAGACGAUGGAAGAGGGCAGUCGAGGAGGACACAUGUUGGGCGGAUCCCUAUGCAAAGCCGGAGAAGUAAAGCAUUGCUCUACAUGGACUUCCAGUGGAUCAGGUUCGCGUAGAGGUGGCAAAUUCAACUCAUUUCUUAGUAACUCAACCUUGUUUUGACCCGCUCAAACUUGACCCAACCGGACCAUUUUCCACGUAUAGAUUCUUGAAAAGAAUGAAAUGAGCGCGUAUGCUGCAGAUUCAAGAAACUGAGAUAGGCAAAGUUUUCGCCUUAACGGAAGGAAGGGCCUCAGAUUUGAGAGUAUACAGUUUACAGAAUCAAAUAUAUAUCAUAUGAUCAUAAAAAAUGUAAAGUGAAAGAAUUUAAAUUAUAGAAUAUCAAAAUUGUACAGUUCCUAUAAAGUUGCAAUAUUGAUAGAUAAAUAUACUACUCAAAAACUUGAAGUUGGAAGUGAUAAAAAUUGUGAAGUAUACAUGUGUAUAACCAAGUAGUGGAUGUUACACAUUUUUUUGAGCAAUAUACUUGAUCGAACCAA